GCAUUUCCCUCUCUUUAGGUCCCUGUGAGGUCUUUUGCAAUCACCGAGGCCACCCUCUGGUGUGGGCUGGAUCACCCGGGCAUCGUCCCCCUGCUUGGCCUGCUACGCACCGACGACAUGGUGCUGUUCAUCUCGGCAUACUACCCCGAGAGCAGCACACUGCAACAGCUGAUCAACCAGUCCGUCCUUGGGCAAGGGCGGUCGUUGCUGAUCACCCAGCAAGUGCUGUGGGCCGUGUUGUACCUCCACAGCCAGGAGAUCAUCCACAAGGACAUCAAACCCGACAACAUCUUGAUGCUCCCCGGAGACCGGGCGCUUCUGAUCGACUUUGGCCUGGCCACGCAGCAGACCGAGACCUUUCAGGCCGACGAGGCGCUCAAGGGCACCGAGUGCUACAUGGCUCCGGAAAUUGCCGGAGGACAGAAGCACGACGGUCGGGUGGAUGUGUGGAGUACUAUCUGCACCCUGCUGUGCAUGAUCAGCGGUCACCCUCCCUGGUCCCAGAGGUUCAAAGGGGUGCGGAUCAAGAUUUACAUCAUUGCCAUGAGCCAGGCUCCUUUGGAGGACAUCCCUCCAAACGCACACCCCAGGAUGCGUCGUUUCCUGCAGCAGACUCUCGUGAAGGACUUCCUGGAGCGGCCCACAGCCGCCCAAGCUCUGGAACUUCUACCCCUUGACAUCGUGGAAGAGACGUUCAAUUGCCUCGCAGUUGCAGUAGAGACAGAAGCGGAGUCGGAGCCCAUGGAGGUGUCUGCGGCCAUACCGGACGAUGUCUUGGCCGGUCCUCUCACACCCUGGACCCCUCGUGGUCCCGAGGACGGCCUCCCUCAGUUCCCUCCCAGUCCGGCCGCUCGCCCCGACAGCAGACUCGUUGAGAACGAGAUGUCUCUGUCCCAUCUCUUCAUCAGCCCCGAAGACAGAGAGGAACAGAGGGGCGUGGAUGCCUCUGGAGCAGACGAGGACAUGUAUGGACCCCCGUCUGAUGUGGACGGCCCAGAAAUAUUCAAUGACGGCGCGAUUCAAGACCGAUCACUUGGGUCGCGCAGUGGCACCUCGUCAGUUGGUGGUCGCAAGCUGCCUCGACAGCCAAGUUGCAAUGCCGCCAAUUUUGAUUUGCCCUGGCCCAUUAGAGGCGACUUCGGUGGGGCAAGUCAGGCGGCGGCGAGCUUCAUGCAAGAUGAGCCCGCCAACCCUUCUGGCACAAGCGCUGCAUCAGCAUCCUUUGAACUGCAGCCGAUGUCACUUAGCGGGUCCAGCAGAGACUUUCACUCCAUCAGUACCGCCCACGCACGCAUUGCGGAGGCUGGAUGGUUGCCAUCUCUGGAGGGCAUUCCGCGAGAUGAGCCAGACAUCGGAGGCGCUGGUGCCGCCGCAGCCAUAGACACGUCGGGCGUGGACACCAACUCCCCCAGGCACUCUGCCGAGGAUAUGGCCUCCGUGACAGACACUGCCGAGAGUGUCAGCUCUGCUAUCUCCUUUGGUUCGGUGAUCAACAUCUACGCAGAGGGUGCCAGGCUAAUGCGGAUGAAGGUGGAUCUGGACUUCACCGCCCGUCAGUUGGUCAAGGAGAUCGUACGCCAGCCCGACUACUUGCAGUCCAAGCUCAAAGAGAAGGAGUUUACCCUUUGUUGGCAGGCGUCGCAAGGAGCCAUCGACCUGCAUCACACCUUCGGCCGCGGCGAGCACCACGUCGUCGCCGUAGCCACGUCAGCAGUCGGCGUGUGGCUGUGGCGCAGCAACUGCAACGGCCAGAUCACCCUGGCCACUCAAGCAGAGUAAAUGGGGGGGGCACGUUGCACAAUGAGUGAUUGAUUCUUCCUUCCGUCAAAGUAUUUUCUGUAACAGUUCCCAAACUAUGUGAAUGUAAUUCUUCCUUCAACCAAGUUAAAAAGGGACUUUUCCUUGGGGGGGGGAAGGGAAAAAACUUGAGUACUCUGCUUCGAUGGAUGCGCACUCAGAUCUUCCGAAGACUUCCUCCAUUCAGAACCUCCGCCCUGCAUCAUUGCUUACGGGAAACCAUCUGUCAUCCAAAUCUCUCCGUCUUUUUUAUCACACGCGGGGCCUUACCUAUGAAAAAUACACUUUGUGAAGAGAGUCAUCAGUAACUAUAUCAUUAGAUGUGUUGAUGCAGUGCCCAAGUUGAUGCCUGUCAUCUGAGGGGGGGAUUUUUAAUGGUUAUUGUUCACGCCUGUGCACUGUGCAGCCGCGCCACAAGAAUGGAAUGUUCCGUCCAGCCCCGUGUAUGGUCGUACUAUUUGUGACGCUGUAAUAAAGCUCAUCGCCCACAAGAGGCGAUGGAGAGAGAUUUGCUGGAUUUAUUCGGGACUCGCCGGGGUCAUAUUUCUUUCAAAAUUUGUUUUAGCCGUUACGUUAAUCAAAUACUGAUAGCGAAUAUUUCACAUUUGCGCAGUGAAAAGAAUGGUUUCCGGGACAGAUGGCCUGUUCCGUUCCACUUGGAUUUGCCUCAUGAAAUGGAACGUUCCAUCCCUUUUGAAAUUGUUACCAUUGCAUUUUUAUCAAUUGCAUAACUUCCUACAUCUGUACACUUCGUAUCCGCACAUUUUGUGGCUCCAUUGGUACGUUUUAUGUCAUCCGUAAUGUACCUUGAAUUAGCAGUUUUCAGCAUUUGUUAUUUACAUGUAAAUAAUGCUGUAACUUUGGUCAGUAGACUUUUUUAGAGUAAUUUUUAGUGAACCUGACGUCACACGCAUUGCGGAAACAACUAGCUCUUGGAGGUCAUCCAAGUAAGAGUAGUGUUACAGUGUUUGCAUUUAGAAUGGACAACCAGCAUUCCGUAUGGAAAGUUCCAGUCAUUCUGGUUUGCAAGAGGCUUUCGGGAUAAACGAGAAGCAAGAACAUCUUCUCAGCAGUUUGGAUGGACCUGUUCCAAGUCAAUCCCAAACUGUGGUGAGAAGAGUUUUGAUGUUCAUCCAGCUACCUGAUACUGAAUGGUGGAUAACCAGAUUCUCGGGGAGGGGGGGGAUAUUACCCAGGAUCUCUGUAGACCAGUCAUGGCCAAAAUACAUUGUAUUGUACAAAUUGUUGGCUUUGACUUGAUUUCAUUUGCUGACGUCAGCCCAUGAUUAGAUACUGGUUGAUUGUAUGUUCAUGGAGUGGCGCAGCUAAUUGUAGGCUUUUGAGUUUGCAAAGAGCGAUCACAGCUGCCUGGGUGCAGAGGUCCUACCAAUGUGGGCACCCAUUUCCCCGUGGAAACUGCUGAAAAUUCACCGCCUUACGUAAAGGAAUGCCUUUGUCACACUUGAGAAAAUGAGUUAUGAUGGAUGAACUCAACUUCAACUCUACAAUUGGAAGAUGUAUCCGAGACCACUUGGAAAAUUAAGUGAAAGCAAGCCUCUCGCACCAAAUGGGUUGGAAAAAGUGCUGAAUGAGUUUUGCUCCAUACUUUCUGCACAAAGGAAACCCUGUAUUAUGUUUUGUACAACACCUGCACAAAUCCUCAUCAUCUGAUUGGUAGAUCGCUGAUCAUGUGUCAUUAAAAUUAUUCGUUCUAUUCAACAGAAUCCGUCGAAUAGAACUUCAUUUCACUUGACUGGUUCCAGCCCCCAUUUCGUCUAUUUCAGUCCUAGCAAGGAAGAGGAAAAUAGUGUCAAAUGUUGGGACGGGAACCAGUCUGCCAGUGCAAGCCAGUGAGUGGCUCUUUGGACACAAAUCUGUUUCCCAAAAUGUGGAAUUUAUCACGAAAGGACCAUUUGUUCUGAGGAUUUAUGCAGUAUUGUCUAAAACAAAUAAUGGAACGUUUUACAUUCAUGCAAAUGUUGACAAUAAUAAUUUCAUUCAGUAACACAUCAAACUGUUCCAUUCCACUCGGCUUCGCCUCAUGGAAUGGAACAUUUCAUCUGUCACCUCAUGAAAUUAUUUUUACCAUUGCACUCAGAAUCAUUCACUCUUUGUAUAAUAUGGUGUGUGUUUCCCCAAAAUGGUGCAAGCGACGACCAUUUCCAACGUUACACGUCAGUUUUACUUUCAUAACUUUAAUGGUUUUUAAAGAGGACAAUCUCAGUUUGAUGCGUUCUUUUUGUUUCAUCUUAUUUGCUUCUGGCAAUCCAGAAAUGUGUCCCAGUAAAACACAAGAUUCCCCAGCUUUCUUAAAACUGUGUUUGUGCCACAUUUUAGGGAAAAUGUACUCGUAAUAUGUCUGUUCAUAGUGUCGUCAGCAUCGCCUUUGAAAUCAAAUUGUCAAGGUGAAAAAGUGCUUUUUGUUUACUUCUUCAGUUUGGUCCAGUGAUCACAGUUAAUCCAAACAGUGCAACUCGCUCUGGAGUGCCUGUGUUCACAGGGGCACACCUCUUGAUCACGAAAAGCAUAUAUGACGAUGGUACAAAAAAUCAAGCCGAGAGUGUCCGCCUUAAAAGCAAGCAAGUUACCAACGCCACCAGUUUACACUUUGCACUUAAAAUGACCAGUAAGCGCAUGCACCUUUUGCGGGGGACACACUUGUAUCUUUCCAACUGUAAAUGGUGUCAUGGAACAACGGCUUUUCGUCCCACCUCAGUAAGAGCACUUUUCCAGUCUGGGGACAAAUCUUUCACUUCUUACAGAUCUUAUAAGAAUGUACUUUCAAUACUGUAUGAGACUACUCCAGAUUGGGAAGGCUCUGAUGUGAGUUAUUAUCGGUUUUACGUAUUUUCAUUUUUUUCCCCCGACUUCACAGGGAGAAAAUUGUUACAAAAUACUGAAUGAAGUUUGGGUCAGCAGACAACAAGGACGCUGACGUCCAUGAAAUAUGAUGACAUUUUUCAGAAAACGAUUAUAUUCUGUGCACAAACUUAGUUGAAGAUACAUGGAUUCAAAUUUUGUCAAGUUCUGUAUUAUAAAUGUAGAACCUUAUUACAGCACACAGGAGCUGAUCUUUGUAACACUAAUUCCCAGUCAUAUGUGCCUGAACUCAAACUGUUCUUUGGAAUGUACGAGCUGAAAAAUCAUUAAAAUUCACAAUAGCAACAU